GUAGAAGAGGGCAGGGCUCGAGGAGACGAGGACAAUGGAUACCACAGAUAUGGACCAGGUGAACGGUCUGCCAAGCAGACAAGGAGUGCCAGUAAACAACCCAGACGAUGGACUGUACGGCCAUGAUGGAGAUGGAGACGGUGACGGUGACGAUGGGGUCGCUGAUACAAUCCCAGUAAGAGUGGAUGAGAGGGAAGAGAGAAGAGAGCCUAGAGAGGAGGUUGUUGUUGUUGGUGAUGAUGUAGCCGACGAUGAUGAUGAUGAUACAGAGAGAGAUGGAGUGCACCCUGUUCGGUCUCACACGACAUUCGAGCGUCUCAUUCAGCUAGUUCAAGACCCAGGGACCCAAGAAUCAGACGUGCUACAAAUAUUACGAUCCAAUCCUGAGCUUACGGCAACAUUGUGCUCUCACUCACACAACCUGAUCAUUGCAGGACUUCGGGACUCAGUACAAAAUAAACCGUGGGCUUUGGUGAGUCAGCAUAUCAACUCUCUUGUGAAUCAACCAAUUGAAAUCAAUGAGUGCUUCAAGCUGAUACGAGAGCUUGAGAUCUCACUGAUUUCUGGCAGCAAUGAUGGAUGUGAAGACCAAUUGAAAUACAUUGCACCUCUCCUUAGGAAUGCACCUCCUAAUAAUACUGCUCUAAACAUGCCCAUACACAACGGGGAAACAUUAUUGCACCUUGCAACUCGCUACUUAGUUCAUGAACUGAUUUUGUCUCUUAUCGAUUGCGGCGCAUCUCCAACAAUACCUAUAAGUGGUACAAAUACAAGUAGGAACACCUCCCUACACAUUGCCAGCCUUGUGUGCGACAUGCUUACUGUGAGUCGCUUUAUCUCAGCAGCAGAUAACGAGGCUGAAUGUAGUAGAGUCAACAAUAAAGGGGAAACUGCUCUUCAUUGCUUAAUAAAGGCAAAGGAGCCCGAUGAAAUAAGCGAUCUACCUCAAGAAUUAUUAUUAAAAUUCGAUCCUUCAAUACAGUCAGAGGAAGGCGACACAGUGCUACAUUUAGCAAUGAGGAAAGAUCAGCAUCACUUACUUAGUAAGUUGUUGAUGCACCCGAAAGCACCGGAGUCUGUGCUUUUGUUGAAUAAUGAAAAUGAAUGCGUAUUGGAUUUGUUAGUUGAAGAGUGUCUCUCGAGUGGUAAGGAUUACCUCACUUGUCUCGGGCUCCUUUUUGAAAGAGAAGCCACUCACUCAUGGCAGCCGGUCAAUCGACAUUUAAUGGAGAUAAAACGAAACCUCCUAUCACCUAAAGAAAGCAAUGAAUCAUUACUAGUAGUACUAUUGAAGCAUCCAUUUAUACUGCAGAGUGCAUUUGACAAUAAUGAGAAUUCCAUAUUUGAGAUUCUAAUGACUCGGUUUCUUGACAGUCCCACACUCUCUGUUGCCUUAGUCCUACUCCUUCUCUUCCGUCAUCAAGGAAGUAAUUAUUAUUUUGAAGGAAAGCAAGGAAUAAUUCAUAUUUUAUGGGCAGCACUAGAAGAUGAUAACUUCAUUCUUUUCAAGACGUUGCUUCAGCAUCAUCUUUGUCUCCUCACAACUACUCUGGAUGAUUUUGAUAAUACUCUCCUUCACUUCUCAGUUGCAAAGAAAGGGAUCCCCGAAGGUUGUCUCUCUUUUUUGUUCUCUCACCCUCUCGCUGACCCUAAUUUUCAAAACAGGGAAGGAAACACAGCUCUCCACGUAGCCUGUGACUUGGGUAACGCUCUGGCUGCUUCAAUAAUGGCCACAAACAAGGACUUAAAUCUAAACUUACGCAAUAACAACAAUAAAACUGCUCUCAUGCUAAUGCUGGAGAGAUGCAAGAGGCUCAGCGACUUUACAAUUCCAAGUGAAAUGAUUUGUGUGUUUCCCUCGCUGAUCAGAGAAGGUGACAACAUGCUACAUGUGGCAUCUCGAAUGACAUACGAACAUGAUUUUGCACUCGAUAUUUUAACACCUAGUGAAGACCUGGUCCUUAAGCAAGCGUAUCAGGAACAAAACUCCAAAGGGGAAACACCAUUGUACAUAGCAUUAGAGACUUGCAUGUUCAAAAAAGCUGAGAUAUUACUGGAAAGCUAUAAUCCACAUCGUAGAACACUACUGCAUCAAGUCUGCUUGUACCCUUCGCUAUUUCCUUCUUGUCUCUCACUCCUAGAGGAUCCUAAGUAUAGAGGAGCAAUUCGGGCACUAGACAAGAAUGGUGACACUUCCUUACACGUGGCCAUGAAGCACAAUUUCCUUAAAGCACAGGAGCACUUGAUUAAUCUUGAUCGUGGUCUUGUCACAAUUAAAAAUAAAGCGGGACAGACUCCUCUUCACCUUGCCUGUCACUCGAGAAACUUAAAUGCCGUCGACAUUAUACUGAGUCACUGCCCGCCUGACAUUGUUGGUGCCUGUGACGAGGACAAUUGGCUCCCACUUCACUGCGCCUGUCAAAUUGGAGACGAGAACCUUGUGAAGACUCUACUUGAAAAAGAUGCAAAUCCGGUUGUCUCUCUAAGAACGGAAAACAUAGACGGAGACACGCCCUUUCACCUCCUUUGCACUGUGAGUGCCGAUCUCGUUGACUUCAUCCUAACUCGUUUUGAGGAUCUCCGUGGCAUGCUAGAGGCAAAAGACAGAGCCGGUAACACACCGUUUCACCUUGUCCUGAAACUAGGGAGCAGCAAGGAAGUCUCAAAGGCAAUGGAGUCCCUUUUAAAAUACAGAGAUACGGUCCCCAUGACGCCCAAUAGAGCUGGUUGUACUGUUUUUCACGAUAGCCUCAAGGAGACUUUUGACGACCCGUUCAAGAUUAUGCUAAGGAGAUGUCCCAAUCAACUCAAGUGUAGUGAAAUAGCUGAGCUCUGUCGCUAUGCAAUGCAGUUUGAGCCACCUCGACUGGUAAAGCUACACUGUUUACUUGCGUAUCACGAGAAGGAUCAUGCUGAUGGAUCAAAAUGUGAGUCACUCAAUAUCGGGAAAACAGAGAGGAGUGGUCUCAUUCAUUCCGUGAUAGCUAUAAACGAGCCUGACCUCACUAGAAAUCUUGUUGAGAAAUUCCAUGUUGAUCCAUUGUCAAAAGACAGAGAGGGCAACACUUCUCUUCACAUAGCUUGCAGAUACGGUGGCAUCGAAGUUGCUAAGUAUCUUCUCUCUCAUUGGAGCUUUGAUCUCAAAGAGGCCAAUGCCCAUGGAGAGACUCCACUCUCACUGGCAACAAGUAAUUUCUCCAUGCUCUCACUUUUGAACAAAUUCCAGAAUCUCUCCCGUUUCAAGGAGCAGUACCCUAUGGACUCAUUUUGUAAGGUCUUUGUCACGGGUCACUCUGGAGCCGGGAAAACAACUUUCAUUGAAGUUUUUAAGAGUUUUUUGGGCUCAAAGGGAGCACUCACACGAUUAAUGAGAAGGUUUCAAACUGUUGCUCCAGUCCAGCCGUUCACAGCUGGUAUAAUACCCACGACAAUCAGUGGAGAGGGAGUCGGGAACUUGGUCAUUUACGACCUUGCAGGUCACUUUGAGUAUCACUCUUCUCAUUCUGCCAUUUUAGAGCACCUCAUUCUCUCCUCCUCUCCUCUGUUUGUCCUCCUCAUCAACUUGUCAAAGUCAGUGGAAGAGGUCAAGCAACAGCUCCUGUAUUGGCUCAAUCUCCUCCAGAAUCAGUCAUAUCAGCUACCACAGCCUUCACCAGUCAUCAUUAUUGGCAGUCACGAGGACGAGGCAAAAAAUAAAACAGAUAAGAUAAAAAUAAUCAACAAUUUUUUUGCAUCAGAAGACUAUCCAUCUUUGCGUAUAGCUCGUUUUGUUCCCAUGGAUUGUCGGGUUUUGUCCUCAAAGAGACUAACCGAUCUACAGGAUUGUUUCUCAACCACUUGCUCUGAGAUAGUCUCUCUGGCUCCUAAAGUGAGCCUACUCUGUCAUGGCCUCUACGACUACCUCACUACAAAAAUUGAAGAUGAAAUCCUUGCACUGACUCUUGGCGAUUUAUCAAAACAUCUCCUGGAUAAAGAGGAAGAAUUCCUACCGACUGAUAGCUCUAGUCUAACUGAAUUAUCCUCCACACUCAGUGAUAAAGGGCUCAUACUCUUCUUAAAGAAUCCGUCAGAUUUAGACAAGAGCUGGAUCGUGAUCCAAAGAGAAGCACUCCUCUCACAGGUCAAUGGGCUGGUUUUUGCUCCAGAAAACUUCACCGAUCACCUCCCGCUUAAUAACAGCACUGGGCUCAUUCCCAAGUCAUAUCUCUCAACUGCUUUCCCUCAGUAUGAGACAGACAUGCUCAUCGAGUUCCUUGUCCAUUUUGAAUUCUGCCACCUCUUCAAUGAGAACAGCUUUGAAAUACUCCGCGAGGCCGAUACUCCUCCAGACAAUCCCGAGAACCUUCUCCUCUUUUUUCCUGCUCUCAUUAAGAAUGAGCCUCCUAGCAAGUGCUGGCCACCGGAAGACUCAGCAAGCUCUCAAUACAACUGGUUCAGUUGGAUACUCCAAUGCACCAAUGAGACACAGCAGUUCUUCACAUACAGGUUCAUGCAUGUACUCAUUCUGAGACUUGCACUCUCUUUUGCUCUCCCUCCUGCUAAUGAAGAAGGCUCCUCUCUCCCUGUACUAAGACGAAGGUGCUCAAUAUGGCGGAGUGGUCUCCGCUGGAUGAGUGAUGAUGGUAUGUGGGUAAUGGUUCAUUUCACUAAUAAUAACAAGACUCUACAGCUAGUAAUGGCAUCACCAAUAGGCCAAUGUUUAUCAGUUGUUCGCUACAGGUCAAAAGUUAUAGCAACAAUUCUGAAUGCAAAAGAAAAGUUCUGUAAAGGCCUUCAGUGCUACGAUGUUUUUCAGAGUCCCCAAUGGGCUCUGCUUCCUACAGGUGAGGAAUUUAAACUCUCUCGCUCUAAAAGAGGAGUGUUUCGUUUAAUUGAGAUCAGCCAAAGGAUCAUUAACCAGAGGGAUCCCGAUGAGCCUUGCAUCAUCACUGAUGUAUCAGGAACCUGUAACAUCUCAACUAAGGAUCUGUUUUUGUUUGAAGUCUACAAUGGAUUCUCCACUUCAGUGCUACAGACCUUGUUUCAGCCUGCAAGCCAAGAGGAUCUGGUCUCUGAUGAUUUUAUACUAGAACUCACUGAAGCAAUGAGAUGCAUACGUAGUGAGUAUAAUCCUUUGAAAAUUGCUACUUCGAUAUUGGGUCUUCCUGAAAGGAGAGCGAAUGAGUUUAUCCGUCGAGAUAAUUCCGAUUUUGAUAACUGUGUGUCUGUAUUGAAGCUCUGGAUUAAAGACAGUGAUGUGCCAAGUUACAGGAACUUACGAACAUGUUUCGAUGAACUGAGUGUAUUUGCUGGUCGGAAUCCACUCGAUUUGGCAGCUAUCAAAGACACAUGUAGAGUUGAGAGUCGUUGAAGUUUCUUAUAAUUCCAGAGUCAGUAUAGUUCACAUCAUUACCUUGUCCCCUCCCUAUCCUGUUUACAUUGUUUUUGUUGUUGUUAUUAUUAUUAUUAUUAUUAUUAUUAUCAUUAUUAUUAUUAUACAUGUACAACAAUAUCAUUUCAUUUUGUGACAAAUAUAAAAAUAAUUAUUGUUAUUGCUAUGAUUAUAAUAUCGACUGCUAAAA